UGAAUUGUCUAUUUGCUCUGUAACCUUAUCUAGGAAGGGUGGAAUGAUUUGCUCAUAAUUUAAAAUGGUAGUAAAUGAUGUAUGCUAAGUGUUGAAAUUAAAAAGCACUAACACUACUGGAUUAAUUGCAAUAUUAAACCAGAUUAAUUGAAUAUCUGAUAUGUUAGCAAUAUCAAUUUCUUCUUGAAAUGUAAGAGACAGAAUAGACAAGCCUCACGAGGGUAUCCUUAAUCGUACACCAACUUCUAGAUAGUUCCAUUGUAUGUAAGAGACUCGAAGAUUUCUGGCUUGUACUGUGCCAAUGUGUAAUCCAUAUCAAAUCCUUCUGCAACAAUAUUCUUCAUAUUCAACGAUCUGUUGUAGAAGAUCUGCUUUCUUAUGUCAAUUUUACAUCCUCUUUGGGGAGAUGACCAUACACAUGGUUUUUGACCACCAUCAAUUGAGCCCAUUUUUAGUUUUUGAUGGCCUUUGGUGUUAGUUCCUUGUUAUAGAUAUUGUGCUUUUGAAGGUUAACUGUCAAAAAACUAAAAUACAGAUGCUAGUAUGAUUAAAGUCGUGACUUUCAUUGCUGCAUUUAGCAAUAUAAAUAAGUGUUGGAUUGGUAUAGUCCUACUGGGAUUCAGAGAUCCCAUCUAUAUCAAAUAUAUAAGUUUACGAUGAUCACAUUAACAAUAGCCAAGAUUGAUCAAAUGUUGUGCCUUUGGUGUUAGUUCAUUUGUUUUUUUGGUUGCAUCACCUCAUUCUUGCCUAAAAAACCUUGUGUGUUUACAUUCAUAUAUCACAAUAUAUCUUUGUUCAUACAUUCAAACAGGUAUGGAAAAUACUCAUAUUGUAGACAUGCUAAUGAGGUUAAAGUGAAAGCGUGCUAUAAAUGAAGAGGAAAAUAGGAAAAAAAGGAAAAUUAUUGUCAGCACAAUUAUAUAUGUUAUUGUCAUGGUCAUGCAUUGGUAUAGUACGAGUGUUCUUCUCAAAGAACCUUCAAAUGAUUGGGAUCAAGAAAGGCAAUCUUUCCUUGGCCGAUUGUUCGAUGGAAAGGAUUCAACGUGCAUUGAACAAUUACGAGUUAGCAAGAGUGCAUUUAAGCAGUUAUGUGAAAUUUUACAAGGGAUUGGUGGAUUAGUUCGCACGAGAAAUGUGUCCAUUGAAGAAUCUGUUGCAAUUUUUUUGAAUAUACUUGCCCACAACUUGAAGUUUAGAGUCAUCGGUUUUCAUUAUUAUCGUUCCAAGGAAACAAUUAGUCGGCAAUUUCACAAUGUGUUGCAUGCAAUGAUGAAAAUAAGUCAAGAAUAUGUGAAAUAUCAGCCAUGUGUUAUUCAAGAAUAUGUGAAAUAUCAGCCAUGUGUUAUUGGCAAUUCUGAAAGAGAGAAGUGGCGGUGGUUUGAGGUAAUCAAUCAACAACUAUACCAAAUAAAUGUCUUCGUUUGAUAUCUUCAUUAGCUUUUUAGACUUAUCUUUUCUUUUCUUUUUUCAUUUGUAUGACAUUUUUUUUAGAAUUGUCUUGGAGCACUUGAUGGAACUCUCAUACCAGUAACAAUAACGGCUGAGGAAAGACCAAGAUAUCGAGAUAGAAAGGGUGAUAUAUCCACUAAUAUGUUAGGAGUUUGUGGUCCAGAUUUAAGAUUUUUUUAUGUGUUACCUGGAUGGGAAGGCUCUGCAUCUGAUGCUCGUGUUUUGCGUGAUGCUUUACAUAGGAGUAACCGGUUUCAUGUUCCAAAUGAUAAAUAUUAUCUUGUGGACGCUGGCUAUACUAAUGGACCCGGGUUUUUAGCACCUUACCGUGGAACUAGAUAUCACUUGAAAGAAUGGGUUGGAAACCGUCGACCUGAAAACUACAAAGAACUAUAUAAUUUGCGUCAUUCAAGGGCAAGGAAUGUUAUUGAGAGGGCAUUUGGAUUGUUAAAAAAGAGAUGGAGCAUAUUACGCACACCAUCCUUUUUCGACAUUAAAACACAAGUUAGGAUUAUAAAUGCAUGUUGUGUCUUACAUAAUUUUAUUAGAACCGAGCAAGCUACUGAUCCAGUUUUAGAAGCUCAAGAUUUACAAUUUUUAGCAUCUGUCGACUCAGAGUUGUUAAAUCGUUCAACAAGAGAGGAAAAUGAAAAUAACUCUGAUGGGAUUACAUCUGUUCAAGCUACAGUCGAAUGGACAGCAUUUCGUGAUACAUUGGCAUUGCAGAUAACAUUCGAAAUCGUGUGAAGUCUUGGAAAAAGUUUUAUGCAAUAGUGAGUGAUAUACUAAGUCAAAGUGGAUUUAAUUGGGAUGCAACCAAAAAGAUGAUAAGUGUAGAUGAAGACCCUGCCUGGCAAGAGUACGUGAAGUCACAUGUUGGUGCUAAAAGCUUUCGUUGGAAGGUCAUUCCAAAUUGGGAUGAUAUAGUGGAUUUAUGUGGCAAAGAUAGAGCGACGGGUGAGGGUGCUGAAACAGGUGUAGAAGCCGUGGAGAUUAUGACUCCUCCACAUAAUGAACCUGAUCAUGUAGAUUUGGUUGGUGAUGCACAAGGUUUAGAAGAUAUUGAAAUUAUUAAUGAGAUUUCACCUAGUUCAACCAAUGGUCAAAAGACUCAAAGCAAGAGAAAGGCAGCAAGUUUUGUUGAUGUGCCUCAUACAAAAAGAAAAUCAACCACGCCUAAAGAUGUGAUUGCAGAUUCACUUGCCAAGAUGGCUUCAUCAUUUCAAGACUAUAUUUCUGCAGACACAAAGAAACUUGAUCCAACAGAGGUAUAUGAUGAAGUAAAUGCAAUACUAGAUCUCAGUGAAGAAGAACAAAUCAAAGCAUGUGCUUGGUUGAUCGAAAAUGACAAGCAAUUUCUCAUGUUGAAGACUCUCCCAAUUGAGAAGAAAAAGAAUAUGGUAUUAUUGCUUACUUCACAAGGCGCAUAAGAUUGUUUUCAUUAUGUUUCUCAUUUUAGUGUUUUUCAGUAAGACAUUAGUUAGAAUAAAAGUCUUGCAUGUCACGAAUGUUGGUUGAUAUUUGCAAGUGUGCUUUACAGGGAUUUUCCUACUUCAA